CGUCUCGAGAUCUAGGAGGCGCUGCACAGUUGCUUCUGCUCGCCAAGUCCUUCUUCUCGGUCAAAGGCAAAUCUUUCCGCACCGAACGCCAAUCUUCUACGUAGUUCUUUUCCAGUACAGAUACUUUCGGAAUCAGUAUGAGGAUCGUCCGUGCCCUAUUUAGCGCUGCCAAGGCGGCAAAGCCCGCCGAGCCAUCCUCAUGGGAUAGGUUCCUAUACAAGGCAAAUGGUUUCAACAAGUUAGGUCUUGUAUCAGAUGAUUUACUGAGUGAGCUCGAUGAUGCAGUGGUAGAGGCUUUGAAGCGACUUCCGGAAGAGACUAUCAACCAGAGAAUCUUCCGUCAAAACCGAGCUGCAUUGCUUUCCUUGAACAAAACCAUCCUGCCUGAGGAUCAGUGGACGAAAAUAGAGGAUGAUAAGCCAUACUUGAUGCCACAUGUUCUUGAAGUUUGGAAGGAGGCUGAAGAAAAAAAGACCUGGGAGGACAAGAACCCUAUUCAGGCCCUCUAAAUCUAAUUUCAUCCUAGAAAACUUUGAAUAUUAAAUUGUCUCCACAUUUUGUGGCCAGCUAUAUGAAUGAAUGUAAAUAUUACUGUACAUGAUAGUGGUUUUAUUCAGCCUGUAAAACCGUUAAAUAAAAAAGUGCACCAAGCUCA